CUCACAAAUAUGUCGACGGAUUUGUUUCUUUUGAUCGCUACGGCGGCCGUUGCGUUUUAUAUUUGGCAACGUCGAAAGUACAGUUAUUGGCAGAAGCUGGGCAUCAAAUAUAUAACGCCAUCACCCUUCUUUGGAAAUGUGCGGGAAUUGCUUACCGGCAAGGUGUCGUUUUUCCACCAGAUCUACAAACUGCACACCUCGCCCGGCUACGAGCAAGAGCCUCUUGUGGGUGUAUAUUUAAUGCAGCGACCCGGUCUGCUCAUUCGCGAUCUGGACUUGAUUAAGCGGAUAAUGAUAAAGGAGUUCAGCUGUUUCUCAAAUCGGGUGCUGCAAGCAGAUCCUCACCAUGACCCAUUGGGGUACAAUAAUUUGUUCUUUAUACGCAACCCGGAGUGGAAGGAGCUGCGUACGAAGCUUUCUCCCGUGUUCAGCAGUGGCAAGAUAAAGCAAAUGUAUCCGCUGAUGGUGGCAAUUGGCCAAGAUUUGGAGAAAAGCUUAACCAAAGUUCCAGUUAAUUCGGUCGUAAAGAUCAAAGACUUGUGUGCCCGUUUCACCACCGACCUCAUUGGUACCAUUGCCUUUGGGGUCAGAGCCAACGCAUUGAGUGAGCUGAAGAGCGAGUUCUUUGAGUCCAGCAAGGCAAUUUUUGAUAUAAACUGGCGACGGGGCGUGGACGUUACGAUCAUCUUUUUGCUGCCCUCGCUGGUGUCGUUAGCUCGCGUCAAGGUCUUCUCGAAGCAAACCUCGAAUUUCAUAAAGCGAAGCAUCAACCAUGUUCUGGAAGAGCGUGAGAGGUCUGGGGAGCAACGCAAUGAUCUCAUUGAUACCUUGCUAAGAAUGAAACGUGAGGCGAACCUGGAACCGGAAAAGGGAAAAACUGGGGAUGUCUUAAAUGACUUCUUGGUGGCUCAGGCAGCCAUCUUCCAAACGGCCGGCUUCGAGACCUCCUCGUCGACCAUGACUCUGACGUUACACGAGUUGGCAUUGAAUCUGAAUAUACAAGAUAGGCUGCGAGAGGAAAUUCUGGAAUACUUUGGCGAGGAGCAGUCCAUCAGUUAUGAACGCAUCCAAGAGAUGCCCUUUUUGACGCAGGUGGUCAACGAAACACUCCGCAAAUAUCCCAUAGUCGGCUAUGCCGAGCGUCAGUGUACACAACCAACAGAGGGAAAACGCUUCUCCCUGGCCCCGCACUACGACCUGGAGCUUCCCAACGGCACCCCCAUCUACGUGUCGACGCUAGGCAUACACAGAGAUGAACAGUAUUGGCCCGAACCGGAUAAGUAUGAUCCCGACCGCUGGGCCUCUGAGAGUCGUAAGAACUUGAACAUGGAUGCUUACAUGCCGUUCGGCAUCGGACCCCAUAAUUGCAUUGGCAUGCGCUUGGGAUUGUUGCAAACGAAGCUGGGUCUGGUGCACCUAUUGCGCAAUCAUCGCGUGAUCCAAUGCGAGAAGACAAUCGAGAACAUAGAAUUUGCACCGCUCAGUGGAGUGAUGACACCCAAAAGUGAUGUUCUACUGAGAUUGGAACGUUGCACAAAUUAGGGCACAUGCGUUAUUUUCUAUGUUCCACAGUAAAAGAAUUACAUAUAUGUGAGACAAACUAUUCUUUGGUUUUAAAACGUUUUAAAUAAAAAUGUGAUUAUACAUACAUUCCUUAAAUA